AUGGCAACGGGUAAACUUUGCACAGGGACGUGGGACGGAGAAGAGAAGAAGACGAGUUGGGCGUACGGCGCGUUGGGUCGGAUUCGUUCUGUCGGCAGAGGAGAACCGAUGGUGUUUGAAGAGAGGCGAACGCUUGUGGCAAAGUGGAUGGACGGGUGGUCCAGCGGCCAGAGGAAGGCCGUGCUGCAGGACUUGGUGCUGAGCUGCUCGGUGGAGCAGCCGAGGUUCCUGAGCAGCAGCGUGAGCAGACGGCUCCCCCUGCAGGCCGCAGACUUCUCCUGCCUGCUGCCCAGAGCCAUCUGCCUCUACGUCUUCUCGUUCAUGGACCCCCGCAGCCUCUGUCGAUGUGCCCGGGUGAGCUGGCACUGGAGGAGCAUGGUGGACCUGGACCAGCUGUGGAUGCCCGAGUGUGUGAGGCGGGGGUGGUGCAUCAGCUUCUCCCCCUCCCCUCUGGAGCAGGGCGUGUGGAAGAGACACUACAUCCAGACGGCGCUGGAGCUGCAGGUUGGGAGAUCAGAUCCAGAACCAGCUCGGCGGUCACGCGUCCAGGACCACGGCUCAGCAGGAACCCUCCCACAGGGCAGACCCACGUUACAAGGAAGGGCCCUCAUCAAGCAGACAGCAUCACCUAUGAGCGUCUCCAGGUCGGCGCCAACAAGCGAGAGGCCGUGGAGAGACUCCGACAGGCGUCCCAGAGACACCCUGCGCUACCUGGACAACCCGCAGCCCGCUGACGGAGCUCCUAGACCAAAGAGAAGCUUCUGUAGAGAGACGGCGUCCACCCUGGUCCGGUCAUUCUUCGGCCUCUUUGACCCCCCUCCCCGUCCGCCCACAACGCGACUGAUUGAUUGGUCUGAAUUAUCAGACCGGCUGAGGCUCCACCCGCUCACUGCCUCCUCCGUCUCCACCCGCAGCCAGAGGACGCCGCCUGAGGCGCGUCACAAGCCGCGCAAAGCCAAAUCGCUGAUGUUCCUCAGCUCCAGCUGUGGACCCCAACCUCCUCCUCCUCCUCUUCCCCCUGAGACCCAACGGCGACCACCCUGGGCGUCUGGCAAUCACGACCCCCCCGUCACCAAGGAGACCGCCCACGGCCUGCUGCGCCUGACCCGGUGGAAUGCCGGGGUCCGUCCGGGCCCGGUGAGGUCGGCGGUUCCCCGGCUGAGCGAGGAGGCGCUCACACCGCAGCGCCCCCAGUAGACCACUGUUUGGGGUUCAGUUCUGGACCAGCUGUGGCCCACACACACAUCUGGAGGACCACAGACCCACAGCGUCAGGACCAGAUUCACUGCAGCUCUGCGGUCACAAGGUGUAGUUUGAUAUCCGUAUUCUACAAAUGCCCUUCACAAUGCGCACGCUGCGCGGCCGGAGAUGAGGAGCGACGUGAACCUUCUGAGGACAUCUCAACGUUUAGCUCCAUUAGUGUCUCAUUGUGUGAAAAGAGCUGCUGCAGAAUCAGCAGCCCCGAGAUUAUAAUAGAAAGCCGUUGAAUAUUUGAACACAUGUAAACACACAGUAUACAAAAAUGCCUUUCUGCAAAUAUUUCACAUCAAAACCAUCCACACUGCCGCUUUGCAAGGGUCGCAUCCCCUUUUCAGUAACAGGUUUUAAUCGAGGGCCGACGGUCUGCAUAUAGUGUAGUGUAUAGCAAUAUAGUGUACGUUGUGAAUGCGCCGGUUCUGGUCGAUGACUUUAUUCAUGAUGCAAAAGGUGAAAUAAAAGAUUCUGUUUAAGAAAAAGAAGCAGUAGUAUGAGGAAACAAAACAAUAUGUAAACGUUGUUUUUGAAAGCAUUAGAUCUCGUUCUUUAAAGGGACUCUUGAUCGGCAGGUCUCAGUCUUAAGUACUUAAAGUAAUAAAAGUACUGUAAUUAAAUACUAAUUCAGAUACUUGCGUUUUCUUUUCAUGCUUUGUACUUCGCCAAGUGAACCUUUUACUCCACAUCUACACCUGAAAAAAUGUAAACAUACAAAGGCUUUAUGGUCUGUUUUCUAGAAAAUGUAAUGGCAAAAAAGAAUAAUUGAAGAAAAGGAACACAUUAUCUUACCUUUGUUUGUAAAAAUGAGAUUUUUCCAGUUUUUCAUAUGAAAGGAUCUAUUGCCUCUUC